AUGAUUCUAUUUCCCCGUCUAUCAUGCGCCUUCCAUCCAAUCCAAGACGUAGUAACGUCUCUGUGGCGCCCCAUCCACACUUCAUCGUAUCGUGUGGUCGAGUCAAAUGAGCCCAGUCCUGCAUUCCACUUAGGAUUCCCCGACCCCAAUCAGCUUGCCACCUAUCAAGUUCUUUUGCCUUUUUUUUUACGCGCUAUCCGCUGUAAAAAGUACCAGAUUCAGCUUUCUCUACCCGCUCGCCAAUAA